AGUUCUAAAAACAUUCAUACACAGAUUUCCACGUUAUGUAAUAUUUGUUGAUGCCAGAAUAUUAUUAAACCAUUUUUUUGCUGUGAUUUUUCAGUUUAUCAUUGAGAGAUACGCGGCAGCAAAAAUUGUAAUUGUGUAAGGCAAAAUACAGUGUUCUGUGUCAGUCACGCAAGAGAUUGCGAAAAAAAAUGAAGUGGACGCGCCCGGAGAGUGUGGCUUUUCCUCAAGUUUGGUGGAGAUUUAGUGCAAAAGAUCCAGAAACUGGGAACUCAGUCAACUAUCGCAUCGAGGAUCUCGCGGAGGAUCGUUAUGAUGAAGUUGAAGAUCUUAUGAUAAAUCGCUUUGUGCCCGAUGAACCAAUGUGCUGUUCUCUAGGUGUUCCAGAAGAUGAAGUUUCCUUAGCAGAAAUGCGAUUAAUGUGGAAGGAAGGUCUGUCCCAAAAAUUAACGAUUGUUUGCUACAAAGAAGGAUCCAGUGAAAUAUGCGGACUCAAUUGCCUGGAUAUGAAUUUCAAAAGUGUUCCUUUGGGUGGGCAUGAAAAUCAGGCAAAAGGAAAAGGCGCGAGGGAUAUUUCCGUUGUAUUUGACUUUCUCAAGAAGAAAGCUGAUGUCUACAAUCGCUACAACGUGGACCAAUAUCUUCAUGGCUUAGGGCUUCUUACUUUGCCUAAAUAUCGAGGAUGUGGAAUUGGGACGGAACUUUUGAAAGCACGCAUCCCCUUGAUGAAAGCUCUCGGACUGACCCUCACUGGCACUGUAUUUUCUGCUCCUGGAUCUCAAGGAGCUGCGAGAAAAGCUGGAUUUUCAGAAGAUGUGGUUAUUCCAUAUGAAACCUUGGGAAAGGAAGAACCAUUCAUUGAAUUUCCCAACAUAACGUGGCCAGUUGUAAAAUUCAUGUGUUAUCAUUUGAAUUGCGUAAAAGUUCGCAAGAAGAUGAAGUGGGAACGCCCAGACAGUGUUGCUUUUCCUCAAAUUUGGUGGAGAUUUAGUGCAAAAGAUCCUGUUUCCGGACAGAUCGUUAACUAUAGAAUUGAAGAUCUUACCGAGGAUCGCUACGAUGAAGUUGCGGGUUUAAUGGUUGAACAUUUUGUAGCUGGAGAACCAAUGAGUAUUUCUUUAGGUACAAUAAACGACAAAGAAUCUCUAAAGAAAAUGCGUCAUAUGUAUAAGGAAAUUAUGGAUAAGAAGUUAAGUAUCGUGUGCUACAAAGAGAAUUCAAAUGAAAUUUGCGGAUUCAACUUAUUGGAGAUACUUUUCCGUGCUGAAGAUGAAAUUCAACAAAACCAACUGGAAAAUAAAAGGAAAAUUGCUGUUGUAUUUGAAAUUCUUAAGAAAAAGGCUGAUGUCUACAACCGCUACAGUGUGGAUAAAUAUGUAUUCGGGAGAGGUCUUCUAACUUUGCCUAAAUACCGAGGAUGUGGAAUAGCGACUGAGCUUCUGAAAGCACGAAUUCCUUUCAUGAAAGCUCUAGGAUUCACUCUCACUGGCACCGUAUUCUCUGCACCUGGUUCUCAAGGAGCUGCCAAGAAAGCUGGCUAUACCGAAGACGUAGUUAUGACUUAUGAGUCGUUCGCAAAGGAAAAACCAUUUAUUGAAUUUCCCAACAUAUCGUGGCCUGUUAUAAAAUACAUGUGCUACCAUUUGAAAUAAAAUAAUAGAAUUUUUGAAACGAAAAUAAAAAUAUGAUAGAAA